AUGCCAGGAAUCAAGGGUAAUCUGCAUCUGCAUGAGAUUCCGCAAGAGUUUACAGUCGCGUUCACACUGGGAUCUCGCGUCUCACACGCGUUCACACCAGGUCGCAGAGACCGUACCCAGCGACGGAUCGGACGUGCUUUCACCCCGUCGUCAAAAUUUGGUCAGGCCCAUAGCGGUCGCUGUAUAGCUGACCUAGCCGGAAGCGGAAGUAGAGAUAGUGCUUGGGCAUGUCGAGGUAAUUGGCGAGCCAAUGAAACCAACAACCUAGGUAUAGUUACGGGACAUUCUUACGCCAUAAACCGGGUUCAGACAGGAGUUCUACAGAACGGUUCCAGGGUUCGUUUAGUCCAAAUCAGAAACCCGUGGGCCAACUCGACAGAAUGGAAAGGAAAAUGGAGCGAUAGCUCCAAACUUUGGAAUAAUUUGAAGAACAAAGCUGAGUUCGAGGAGGGCGAGGAGCGAUCUUUGAGCGAUGGUGAAUUUUGGAUGUCUUAUAAGGAUUUCUUAUCUGAGUUUACAAAGGUUGUCAUUUCAACCGUUGGACCUGACUUUGACGGAGAUGGGAUACCUGAUGUUGUAAACAACACGGCUCGUGGUUUCCAUCUGGUAACUCGGACCGGGCAAUGGAAGGCUGGUAUCAAUGCUGGAGGUUGCCCCAACUAUCUUCAGCAAGGGUACUGCUCCAAUCCCCAGAUCAUCAUCUCACUGUUAGAACCAGAUGAUUGGUAUCCUGACAACGGAACGCCAUCAGAAAAUAGGGGGAAAUGUGCCCUCAUUGUCACCUUACUUCAAGAGUAUCGGAGAAUACGGAAUAGAAAACGAACCAAGAAACAGUCUAUUGGCUUCCGAAUAUACAGGACUAACAAUAUCGACCGUCCAUUGACUCGAGAUGACGUCAUGUACAUGCAUUCAAUCGGAGGGUCAGGUGAUUACAUCAAUCAUCGAGAGGUCGUCGCUCGCCUCGUUCUCGAACCCGGUCACUAUUGCGUCAUACCGUCAACUUUUCAAGCCGACAUCACGCUCCGCUUCAUGAUGAGGAUCUUUACUGAGAAAUCCAUCCUUUGUACCGUCUUUCAGAACGAUAAUAGAUGAUAAUGCUGACGAUGACGACGACGAUGAUGAUAAUGAUGCGGUGGUGGUGGUGGUGGUAGUGAUGAUGAUGGUGAUGAUGAUGAUGACAACGACGAUGAUGCAUGAUGCGGUGUUGGUGGUAUGAUGAUGAGGAGGAGGAUGAGGAAGAUUAGGGUGAUGAUGAUAAUGAUGAUGAUGUUGAUGAUGAUGAUGAUUAGGAUGAUGAUGAUGAUUAGGAUGAUGUUAUUGAUGAAUAUUCUUCAUGCAAACCAAAACAAUCACGGCAAAGCAAAAUUUACGGGUGAUGACGAUCAUACUGAAAGCCAACGGGAUAUAGCCUUUAAGGACCAGUUUUCUUUGAAUUCCUCUGAAUAGAAUUGCAAUAUAGAAUAUUGGACAUCGCUGAAGGACUUGUUUAAUAUCUUGAAAUGGUUCAGAAUAUAGGAAACACUCGCAAAGUUCUGCCUGUUUUACGGUUUAAUUAUUUCAAAAUAUAUGAACAGCAAAGUGUUAAUGUUAAUUAUAUUAAGUGUCGAUAGUGUUCUUUCUAAUUACUCUGAUCGACUUUCUAGAGUACGGUAUUUCAGACAGAUUUUUCGGCUUUUAAAGUUUAUGUAAGUUUCAUAGUCGGGUUUCAAUUUUUACUAAAUCUGCCGAGGGAGUUUCCAACUACUUAAGAAGAUUAUAUCUCGAUCUUAAUUGGUAUGAACAUUUUCCCUUGAUAGAUGGGUGAGUGUUUAUACAGGCUAUCUGUCCCCCAUCUACAAUUUAAGCAGUGGCAGGUGAUGUUAAUUCGAUUGAUAUUGGAUUAUAACAUAACAUUUAUGGUUUAUCUUAAGCUACGACAAUAAUAAAGAUUAAAAGAACAUAAAACGCCGAAAGGUGAUCACUUUAAAUGACUGCUAUUAUCAAGAGAUUAAUAAAGCGAAGGAAGGGAGGGGGAUUAUAAGACAGAUAGAAAGACGGAAGGGAGAGAGAGAGGGGGAGUGUGAAAAUGAUAAAAUCGGCGAUUCAACGUCUGAAGAGAAACAACUAUAACAAUGUACGAAAAUAAUAUAUAUGAUGUUUAAAAAUUAUCAUGAUUAUCAUGAUUAAGGUAAUACAUGAAUUAUUUGUUGAUUAUGAUUAACUUGUGUCUUGUUUUAUCGUAUUUUUCUUUGGUUGCAGCUUCGUUUUCAAGAAAAAUUAAACAGCUUCAUUUUUAUUUUGAACUCGAUCGGCAUUAAGACCAUGACCACAUCAGAAACCAAAACAACUACAUUAAUGGAACACAUUAAAGAAACAGAAUACAAGAAAGCAAGUUACAUACAUUUUGAGUGCCUAUUAUUGCUCGAAUAAAAAAAACACACACUCAAAUGUUGACAUGUCUGAAUCUCCUGAAUUGUAAUGUGUCAAUGUCAACAGAAUUGAGAUUACGUAAAUCGCAAAAUAUGGUAUAUGUUGUAAGCUUGCAAUUUGUGCAAUUCAUUUUAAAAUCUAUAAAUUUUCUAAAAAGUUUGGAAAACAAACUAAUCGAGCUUUUUUUUUUUUUUUUUUUUUUUUUUUUAGAUACGACUCACAUAAUGUAAUCGCGUCAUUGAUUUCUCGUUGGCGAGUAGUGCAAUGUUAAAAAAGCCUUACUUAAUGUUCGAAAAUUUUGCUGUUUCUAAAGCAUGAAUGCUCUGCUGGUAUGUUAUGAAAAGUGCAUGAGAUUAGCAGAGUUGUAUUUUGUAGCUUAUGAGUUUUUUUAUCGAUCAAUUCGUUUUUUUCGCAUUCGUGAGGUCUUUAAAAACCCUAACACGGAUCCCUCUGAUCAUACUCUGAACAUGGAGAUAAAAAGGACAUCCAGAGUGACAACGAAAUGCAAGUUAAUUUGAAUUUCUAAUGAGUACUAGUAAAACAAAUAGUACACAGGUGUACUGUAAUGCCGCCAGUUUCAUGGGAAAACUGAAAAGUGAUUGUGUUGAAAAUAGGGAAUAUUUCAAAUUUUAUUUGAUCACAAAACGUGAGUGGAUAUAUUGAAAACUUGACGAAAUUAUAAUUAUUUUUUAAUUAUUAUUUAAUUAUUAUGUCAGGCAUAAUUAUGCCUGACAUAAUAAUUAUGUAGGCCUAUACAUGUACAUAAUGUUUGCGUGAUAACUAUUUUAUACAUCUUUAGUUCAAAUCUUUGAUACAGCCGUCCAGUAAGAAAGUGUUGCAUGUGCCAAAUUGUGGCCUUGGUAUUUUUGUACAAUCAUUGUCAUAUCUAAUUUCAUAAUUGAGAAUAGUAAUAAUUAGCAAUAAGUCGUUGCAUAGGGUGUUGCCUAAUGAGUACAAAAUCAGGAUAAUGUACUCUACUGUCCUUCUUAAUUUACAUGCCAUUGACAUUUUUAGGAUAAACUGCAUGCAAACUACGUAUGGAUAUUUUGUAGGUUCUAACCCAAUAAUUAUAAUCAAUAAAUAAUCUACCUCGCUUAUACACGAUUAUAAUAAGUAACAACCGAAUAUUUCUUUGUAAGAAUAGAAUUGGAAUUUGUGUAGAGUCAUCUAAAUGUAAACCGGCUGUAUAACAGGGCACUGGAAAAGAUUUUUUAAUUGAGGUGCUGAUGUAAAUUUGACAAGCCCCCAAAAGGGGGUUUCAAUUAAAAAAUGAAGUUUAUUUAGGUCCCGAGAAAUUUGAUAAGC